AAUGAAUAUUUGAACUCUCAUACUCGUUGUCUUCUAGAGUAAUAUCCAUGACGUUUUUCACCUCCCCAUUAACAAUUCUCAUUUUUUGUUCUGAACAGGCCACUACUCGUCCAAUGGCAUCUACAAAAAAGUACUCAUAAGGGUAUAACUGGCGUUUUGAGGUUACAAAGAAUUCAAUAGUAAUAUUUAUAUAUGUAUCUGUUAAAAUAAACUUUAAUAUUUAUAUAUAUGUUCAUACAAACAUUUAAAUAUAUUGAACUGAAAAUCUAAAAAAACCUGCUGGUCGUGAAAAAGAAUCUCUAAAGUUUCUCUGCGAGAAGCAUGUGGAGGACAUCGGUAUGCUCGAACCACACGAACUUUAAUUGCACAUUGUUUUGUCUUGGUGUUUACAUUUCUGAGGAAGCACCAGUCACUUGGAGCUGCCAUUGAUUUGGAUGAAGGAAAAGCUACAGGAUAUAGUAUUGGAAGAUUGUAAUUUGUUGAAAAUCUAAUUUACUUUUUCAUUGUUUUUUGAUGUAUUUAUAGCCGCGAAAAGUUUCUUGCCCCCCAAUAUACCUCACCUCUCGCUUGUUUAUAUUCCACGACUCCACUCGCCCAUAACUAUUUGUAAAACCCUAAACCCCAGAUAUCUCCAGCCACCGCCGAUUCUCUGAUCCAAUGGCAACCGCCGUCUUGCUCAGAUCCCUUCGCCGUCGCGAUUUGGCUACCUCGUCUCUAUCGGCCUACAAGGCUUUUAGUACCAAAGCUAUUCCUUCAUACCCCUCAUCCGUUGGUGGUGCUAGAUGGGCAUCCCUUGCAAGACAAUUUAGCUCAAAAUCUGCUGGGAAUGAUAUUAUUGGCAUUGACCUGGGUACAACAAACUCAUGCAUUGCGGUAAUGGAAGGCAAGACACCCAAGGUGAUUGAAAAUUCUGAAGGGGCUCGAACCACACCAUCUGUAGUUGCUUUCAAUCAGAAAGGAGAGUUACUUGUUGGCACACCAGCCAAGCGUCAGGCAGUCACAAAUCCAGCGAACACUGUAUUUGGGACCAAGCGUCUAAUUGGUAGACGUUUUGAUGAUCCCCAAACACAGAAGGAAAUGAAGAUGGUUCCUUACAAAAUUGCGAGGGCUCCAAAUGGAGAUGCUUGGGUGGAAGCAAAUGGACAGCAGUAUUCUGCAAGUCAAAUUGGAGCCUUUGUUCUUACCAAAAUGAAGGAAACUGCAGAAUCUUAUCUUGGCAAGACUGUGACCAAGGCUGUAGUAACUGUUCCAGCUUAUUUUAAUGAUGCUCAGAGGCAGGCAACAAAGGAUGCUGGAAGAAUUGCUGGCCUUGACGUGGAAAGAAUUAUUAAUGAACCCACUGCUGCUGCACUUUCUUAUGGCAUGAACAACAAAGAGGGUCUAGUUGCAGUUUUUGAUCUUGGUGGUGGUACCUUUGAUGUUUCAAUUCUUGAGAUCUCCAAUGGUGUUUUUGAGGUAAAAGCAACCAAUGGGGACACCUUUUUGGGAGGAGAGGAUUUUGACAAUGCCUUGUUGGAUUUCUUGGUCAAUGAUUUCAAGAGAAGUGAGAAUAUUGAUCUUUCAAAAGAUAGACUUGCAUUGCAAAGGCUCCGGGAAGCAGCUGAGAAAGCUAAAAUAGAGCUUUCAUCAACAUCUCAAACUGAGAUCAAUUUGCCAUUCAUCACUGCCGAUGCUUCCGGGGCGAAGCAUCUAAAUAUCACUCUGACCAGAUCAAAAUUUGAGGCUUUGGUUAAUCAUUUAAUCGAGAGGACAAAGAAUCCUUGCAAGAAUUGUUUGAAGGAUGCAGGUAUUUCUGUCAACGAAGUGGAUGAGGUGCUUCUUGUUGGCGGUAUGACCCGUGUCCCAAAGGUGCAAGAGGUUGUUUCUGAGAUAUUUGGGAAGUCUCCAAGCAAGGGAGUGAAUCCCGACGAGGCGGUCGCAAUGGGAGCUGCAAUCCAAGGUGGAAUUCUUCGUGGGGAUGUGAAAGAGCUGCUUCUUCUAGAUGUUACUCCGUUGUCUCUUGGUAUUGAGACUUUGGGAGGGAUCUUCACAAGGUUAAUUAACAGGAACACUACCAUCCCAACAAAGAAAAGUCAGGUGUUCUCUACUGCUGCCGACAACCAAACACAGGUGGGCAUCAAAGUUCUACAAGGAGAACGUGAAAUGGCAUCGGACAACAAACUCCUAGGUGAAUUUGAGCUUGUGGGGAUCCCCCCUGCCCCGAGAGGCAUGCCACAAAUAGAGGUGACAUUCGACAUUGAUGCCAACGGCAUUGUAACAGUUUCUGCCAAGGACAAGGCAACUGCAAAAGAACAGCAGAUAACCAUCAGGUCAUCCGGUGGGCUAUCAGAGAGCGAGAUUGAGAAGAUGGUGCAUGAGGCUGAGAUGCAUGCCCAGAAGGAUCAAGAGAGGAAGAAUCUGAUUGAUGUGAAGAACAAUGCUGACACGACCAUCUACAGUAUCGAGAAGAGUGUGAACGAGUACAGGGACAAGGUGCCCAAGGAGGUCAUUUCUGAAAUCGAGUCUGCUGUUGCGGAUCUGAGAGCAGCCAUGACCGGCGACAAUCCGGAUGCCAUCAAGUCCAAACUUGACGCUGCAAAUAAGGCCGUUUCAAAGAUCGGAGAGCACAUGAGUGGCGGUGGGUCUGGUGGUGCCGCCUCUAGUGGUGGUGCCCAAGGCGGCGAACAGGCCCCCGAGGCUGAUUACGAGGAAGUCAAGAAGUAGAGUGGAUGAAUUCCCAUAUAAUACUCGCAUUAGCUUUUAAAGUUUUGAGACUUAAUAUCUACCCUAUUUGCUUAUUCUCUUUUCUAGAUAACGAGGCUCCCAUUCAAAUGCCUCUCUUGUCUGCCAUUUUCUGGAAUACUUUGUAUCUAAACUUUAGAAGCCAUUUGGGGUUUUCAUAUUCUUCAUUGGUUUGAGUUUUGCUUUUGCCCAAUCCAAUACAAGUCUUUGCCAGGAGGAUGCUGAGUUCCACAGAACAAAAAAAGUGUGGAUUG